CAGCACACACACAUUAAAAUUAUGUGUGUGUGUAUUUGGUACACUUUAUACAUUUCUUCUAAUUACACAAACAUAAUCAGACGUAUUUGGAAUAACGCGAUAAGAACAAAUUCUUAAAACGAACCCCUCCGACAUCAGGUGUAAGAACAACGAUAUCUAAGCGUUGUAUCAAAGCUCUUGUCUUGUAGAACCGAAGCUUUGUAAUGUAUACCCAGUCUUGGUCCUCCCGUGUAGAUUUGUAUCCUGGGGAUAUUUAAUACGCUGCAUUGUACAGUGCCUAUCGAUGUAUCAAUACUUAGGGGUAUGUUUCCUUUGUGUUGUUAUUCAAAGACACUCAUAAUAUACCCUGUUACUUAAGACAGAUUUAUAUAUAAACAGCCAGACAAACAAUUUUUUUUCUUACAAAACGUCAUGUCCACACAAAAGCUCCACUUUGUUUGAACUGUGUUUGAGAAAUUUUUCGACCUGUAUAAGCAAGGUACAGGCUCUUUUAUGGAACUACUCUGAAUGUGCAGAUUAUGAAAUCAAUCACAGAUCUGCAAUAACUUAGUGGUUCAACGACGAAGUGUUCUCGUCAUGGCAGAGGUGUCACACAUCAGGAACGCGGCGAACAGAACGCGGCCUCUCGGGGACGUCAAAGAUGACAUUGCGUACAUGGUCGACCAGGACUCAAGGUAUGCCUCCCGUGAUGAUUACAACAACGACAUUGGCGAUGUUCAGAAGAUGAAAGACGUAAAGGAGAGUAUACGCCAUGCCGCUCUCAUCAACAUCGUUGCAGCUGUUAACGAUUCCUGCGACGACGAAUCUUCCAAUUCUCAUCUUUUGGAACAUUCUCAGAGGAGCACAGACAGCGGUAUGACGCUACUAUCAAAUCUGAUGUUCAGCAAAGACCGCUCAAUAUCCAUUCCAAAACCUCAGGUUUUCUUUCAACCACCAGAAAGGUUGUCAACGAAGAAACCCGUAUUUUACAAAAACUCGAAGGACGAAGUGCAGGAAGAUAUAGAACACAGAAAACGGUGCGUUUCGUUGACAAGGACCCGUAUGACUGUGGAUGAAGAUGCUGAGAAAGCAUUGACGGACAGGCCGAAAAGUGAACGUAUUCAGUUCUCAGUCUCAAUCCAACCGCUACAGGAUGACAUUAAAUCAAAUCCACCCAAUCCACCGUGGAUUGAGAAACCAUCGAAAGUGAAAAACGCACGCUCCAUGAGUCCAAGGCGACGGUUUGUUUCUCUGAACAAGAAAAUUGACACAAAAACAGGAACAGUAAUUUCUAAAUGUGAAGCAGUGGACAUUAUGGAUGCGACAGAAUGUGUGCAAAACCGACUAAAACCACCGCCCAUUUCUCAUAUUGAGAGCUACGGAGAACAAACGGACAAUGCCGAAAACGACCCUAGCUUGUAUCGAGCGCGGUCGCUGCCGUCACUUUUCCCCGUAAAGAAAAAGAAAGAAGUGAAAGUUAGUGAAAAAAAUGGGAAUGGCAGUGAUAAGGAUAAAGCUAAACUUAUUUCUCCAUUCAAACGACCAUCAGCAACAGCAUAUGGUUGUCUUCCUAACAUGGUCACGGGCAAAACCAUGCAGACGAAAUCUGACAACAAUGAAUCGAACUUGGUGCAAGAGCAGAAGUUAUAUCAUCGUGUUGAAAAGAUGUCAUCUGCUAUCAAGGAAACCAUUUCAAAAUUUGAAACCCAUACAGACCCUCCGAAACCAGAAGGAGUUGUCAUCUCGUUGGAAGGCCACUCCAUACCCAAUCCCCGAAAUUCUAACACGCCUGGUUCCUCUAAACUUCGCGAAAAACGCCUGCUAAACAGACCUUUAACGCGGCCCGAUUACAUGAAAAUGAAUUCAGCACAAGAGCGGAAUAUCUUGCGCGAUCUUGACCACCAUUUCGACGAACUUCACAGGACAUUAGCUCAACGAAACGGUCAUUGGAGUGACAAUACUAGUCAAACCACAACCUACGAUAUAACCAACUACGGUUUAGUAGGCAAAAAAUUCAAGUCGAAAAAUAGUGAAAAAGUGCCAUAUGAAAAAACGAAACCCAUUGCACAAAAAAUCGGAGUGAAGCCAAAGUCAACAAAACGAGUGACCUUUGCCCCUGUGGAAUCUAGCGUUAAUAGUGAGAUUAGAAGUACAACGAAUUCACUUUGUGAGGAGAGACAGGACUCUUCUCGUACAAAGAGGGCCAUAAAUCAGGUUAAUAAUGCAAGAACGGGAUCCUCAUCUAUGAAAGCUGUGUCAUCUGGAGAGUUAUCCCGCCUUAAAAGGCGCAUUAUCCCUGAACAGUUUGAUUCCGACCACAAACCAAAAUACGACCUCUUAGACAAUAUCAGAAUAUCUGGUAUGUCGUCUAGAGAAAGUAGCAUUCCCCCUCGACCGCCAUCACGUAUGUCCGACAUCAGGUCUAUGGUGUCGGAAGGAGCCUCGUCAUAUUUGGAUGAAGUCGCGUUCGAUUGGAAUGACCGGGAAACAGAUGCUGCCGAUCGUGUGAGUUCAAGUGUACCGAAAAGUUACGGUGCGUCGUCUUUUUACCCAGAUAACUCAAAAAUUAAGCUUAAUUUCAACCAUUAUCAAUAUAGUGACUCGGAAGAAAGCUCAGAUGAGGAGGAUCCCAGUGAAAUGUAUCGCAUAGUUAAAGCUGUAGAUUUAGGAACAUUGUCCGGGUAUCAGCACAGGAAAUUCAGGAAACCGCCUACUACUUUAGAAACGUCGACAACCCAUUUCGUAAAGAUUAAAGUAAAAUGAUAUUUUUCGCUAUACAAUGCUGGAAAUAGCCACACCGCACUUAAAUCCGACGGAAGAUCAAUAUAUAUUACGACCGGCAACUGAAAUAUUUUGGAAAUAGGAUAAGACUUAUUUAUGGUCGGUAUAUUUAUCUAUUCUCUUGUCAUUUCCACGAAUAAACUCCAUUCGGAUCAAUAAACGGAAUAAUGGAGAAGAAGAUAAUCACAUUACCGGUUUAUUCGAUUACACAGCAACACUGCAUUCCAAUUAAUACAACGACAACUCCGCUGAAUUUCGCGUGUAACAAACGAUCUGUGCGGGAUGGGUUGGAUUAAAGUGUCAUUCAAACUUGUGAAGAGAAAAUGUGAUAAAUUAAAAAUGGAUGAGCUUUUUGUGUGGAUGUGCUAUGGGGACACUCGGUGGUGCUGCUUAACUUUGAAGUCGGUGGAUACAACACGACUUCUGUGCAUGAUAACAAUCGUCAGGUUCCGCUAUAGAUUGGUUCUGGACAACAAGGCUAGAAUACGCCUUUUGUCGUCUUACAAACAUGUGCCAAAUAUUAAUAAUUAUUUAACAAUAAAACAAAACUCAUCACCUGGACUGGGGUAUUAAUUUAUGCCUUGCCGGGUAGACGACCCACACUAAGGUUGUAAUAAAUGUGUUUCAAUCAAUGAUUCCUGGCUGUAUAAUCUGGAUAGAUAGAUAGAGAGAGAGAGAGAGAGAGAG